UUUGACAAGUUGCUCCAAAGUAUGCUCUAAAGUAUAUAAGUACCAAAUGAACACUAUGCUUUGUGUAACUCUGUGACAUGUGCUUGAGGCUUCAUAAAACGAGCUUCAUAAAACGGAAACUAUAACAGUGAUUAGAAGCAUGACGUCGAGGACUAUAUGCAUCGCUCAAGAAGGACCUGCAAACGCCUUAGCCCUUAAUAAAGAUAAUAGCCAAGUUGUAAUAGCCGGUCGUAAUGACAUUAAACUCUUGUUAUAUAUUGAUAUAUAUGGUCUUAAUAAAUCAUUUAUUAUUAUUUUGUAAUAUAUUUUAUUAAUUUUUGUAGAUCAUAUUCUUGCGACUGCAGCCACAAAUGGUGCGGUCGUUUUAUGGAACUUGAAUAGGCAAUCUCGAUCAAAACAGGAUCAUGUAUUUGUUGAUCAUAAAAGAACUGUGAAUAAAGUAAGCUUUCACAUGACAGAACCCAUGUGGUUGAUAUCUGGCUCACAAGAUGGUACCAUGAAAUGCUUUGAUUUGCGAAUAAAAGAAGCAAUUAAGACUUUUUAUAGUAAUACAGAGUCUGUGAGAGACGUCCAAUUUUGUCCACAACAACCUCAUACUUUUGCUGCUGUAUCAGAGAAUGGUCAUGUACAACAGUGGGAUAUGAGAAAACCAGAACGUUACUUUCAACAUUUUACUGCACAUAGUGGUCCAAUAUUUGCUUGUGACUGGCAUCCAGAAGCUACUUGGCUUGCUACAGCAUCCAGAGAUAAAACUAUCAAAGUUUGGGAUUUAUUGGGUAAACCAAGUUGUGAUUAUACUAUACAUACUAUAGCCUCAGUGGGACGUAUAAAAUGGAGACCUCAAAAAAAGUAUCACAUAGCCAGCUGUGCUCUAGUCGUUGAUUGUAGCAUAAAUGUAUGGGAUAUUCGCAGACCGUACAUUCCAUUCGCAAGUUUCAAUGAGCAUAAGGAUGUUCCUACAGGUGUUGCAUGGAGAGGCAACCCGCAAUCGUUUCUAUCAACAAGCAGAGAUUGUACAUUAUACCAUCAUGUUUUUGAUGAUGCAGUAAGACCAGCCAGUAAAGCAAAUCCACAGAGUGUUGCAAUAAAUUUAAAACAUGACGUUACAUGCGCUUCCAAGGUGAAAUAUGAACCAGCAAGUAUUGCAAGGCAGCUGAGUAAUUUAAUGAGGAGAACACCUGUAACAAAUGAUGAUAAUUUUUGUAUGGCUUCAAGUGUAAUGAAUAGAUUCCGUGGAUGUGUGCGCGAACCGAAUUGGUUUAAGAUAGCCGCAGAAAAUUAUUUGCUUUCUGGAAAUUUAAGUGAAGCCUGCGAUCACAAUGCACGUGUUGCGUAUGAUUUUGGCAAUUAUGUUGUCAGCAAAGCGUGGCAAGUCUUAAAAGUCAUGUAUACAGAUCCGUUUGAGAUACUCCAAAAGAGUGCACCGACGGUGCCUAAAGAAGAUGUAAUUAAUACAUCAAAUAUAAUACCUGGAGUAACAAAAAGUUCUGGUAUGGAACAAUCAAAUGCGAGUAAACAAUCAAGUCAUGAACAAGACGCAAGAUCUCUCCAAGGGGAAAAUCCUGCUGGCGCUGCCAGUGGCGGUGACGAUGAGACUGAAACAGAAACUGAAGCACCGGAGAAUCAAAAUAUCAUGGGACCAUCGACUAAUACGGCAACUGUUCUGCCAAGGAGACCAUUACUUAGUGAUAUACCUUCUACAUCACGAGGUGAUUUUAUCUUUGGCGAAACCGAAUAUGAACCUGUGUCUUUGGAACAUCACGGCGAAAAUAGACAAACUGUGAUGCGCAUGGAGGAUGAUGAUUGGACCAAGGAAUUGCAGAAGGAGGCUUUUCCUUUGCGACAUGAGAUCAAGGAUCGGUCUCCGCCACCAGAACAAUUUCCUAAUCAUCCUCCUAAUCUCAGCGAGAAUUCAACUUCUGUUAUAGUCGAAGAUCAACCUAAGUUAGUAGUUCCGGUUCUACCAAAACCUCUGCCUUUUGAUUUUAUGCCUCUAGUUCUGGAGGGACUGCACUUUCACACAGCAAUAAGAGAUGUACAGACGACAGUAUCGAUGCUCAUUGUCUUAGGAGAAAUAAGGAAAAAAUUGAAUAUUCCUGUAGCUUUACAGGAACAUUGGAUAUUAGAAUACUUGGACAUGCUCGGCAAAUUUAAGCUCUGGCAUGUAGCUACACAGAUAAUACAAUUGGCAUGGAUACCAUCUAUAUCGCAAUUAAAUCAACAGUCAACUAUGAUACACGCGUGUUGUGUAGCAUGCACAAAAUCAUUGCAACGCUCUGCAUGGUUGUGUGAUCAUUGUCAUACGCCCGAGCACGCUUUGUGUUCUAUUUGUAAUCAAGUUGUACGUGGUAUCUACGUAUGGUGUCAAGGUUGUGCACAUGGAGGCCAUAUAAAUCAUAUGAGAGAAUGGUUUAAUAAUAAUCGACAAUGUCCUACUGGUUGUGGACAUCUUUGCGAAUACAACUAA